CGAUUCCGGUCGCCCACAUGAAGCUCACUCCCGUGUCUCUCUCUCCGCCACCGUAACCCUGCAUCCAGUCCGAUUCUUUCUCUACACUUUCUCUCUCUAUAUAUCUCUGUUUUGUUUCUAUGUACAUACCAAUUGUAUACUAGAUCUGCUCUCUCCGGCGAACUCCUUCAAUCGUCGCUCCGAGAUCCAACGGUCGACGACGACGAUGAUUGCUUUCCACUCCGAUUCUCCGGUAAGAACAAUCGGGAAAUGCUAGAUCCAUUCGCUGUAAUCCACGUCCGAUCCAAAAUUUGGCUCCGCAAAAGGAAAAAAAACCCCUAACCAUCCUUAACCUAAAUCUGUAAAUUGUAUUAAAAUUUGAAAUUUUUGUUUAUUUUUCGGUGAUUAAAUUGUAUUGAGUAAUUGAGAUAUCUAGUAUUGUAUGAUAUGAUAUAGAUUUUAACAUGAUAUUCUGAUCCAACUGUUGUACAGUUCACAAAUUAGGGUUAGGUUUUCAUUUCUGUACAGUUAGGAGAUAUAGAUAGAUGAAGGUGAGUUUGGGGGGUGAUUGAUUAGUGGAAUAUAAAGGGCAUUGAAUCAAUUGAAAUCCUUGAAGGUGGCGAAGAUGAGUUUGGGUGCGGCCGAGGAAGAAUCGGCGCAAGAGAUACAUAUACCGGCCGAUAUUGAUUGGCAAAUGCUCGAUAAAUCGAAGUUUUUCUUCCUUGGUGCUGCGUUGUUUUCUGGUGUUUCAGCCACUCUUUACCCUGUUGUGGUGUUGAAAACCAGGCAACAAAUUACCCAAUCUCAGGUUUCGUGCAUUAGGACGGCAUUUUCGAUUGUUGGCUACGAGGGUUUUCGUGGUCUGUAUAGAGGAUUUGGGACUUCUUUGAUGGGAACAAUCCCAGCUCGUGCUCUGUACAUGACUGCCCUUGAAGUCACUAAGAGCAAUGUAGGGACGGCAACUAUUAGGUUAGGGUUACCGGAGCCAACUGCAGCAGUCAUUGCCAAUGCUGCAGCCGGGUUGAGUGCUGCUAUGGCGGCACAGCUUGUGUGGACGCCAAUUGAUGUUGUGAGCCAGAGACUAAUGGUGCAGGGUGGUGGUGAAAAUCCGAAAUUUCCCAUGUCAUCGUGUAAAUAUAAGGGUGGAAUCGAUGCAUUCAGGAAAAUUCUCAACACAGAUGGACCUAGAGGCCUGUACAGAGGAUUUGGGAUUUCAAUAUUAACCUAUGCCCCUUCAAACGCUGUUUGGUGGGCAUCUUACUCUGUUGCGCAAAGACUAGUUUGGGGUGGAUACAGAUGUUGCUUGUGUAAGAAAGAUGAUGAGAGUUAUGAGAAUGGUAUGAACGCGUUUAGACCGGAUUCAAGAACAAUAAUGGCUGUUCAAGGGGUUAGUGCAGCCAUGGCAGGUGGUGUUUCGGCUUUAAUUACAAUGCCCCUUGAUACAAUUAAGACUAGGUUACAGGUUUUGGAUAGUGAGGACAAUGGACGUAGAGGACCGACUAUUGGGCAAACAGUCCGGAAUUUGGUUCGGGAAGGUGGAUGGACGGCUUGUUACAGAGGAUUGGGACCUCGUUGGGCUUCAAUGUCCGUGUCCGCCACCACCAUGAUCACUACCUAUGAGUUCCUGAAAAGGCUCUCAGCAAAGAAUCAUGAAGCUUUGACAGCAUGAACCCAGAAUACAAUGGAAGUUUCUCUCAUCCUUGUUAUUUUUCUCAUCUUGUCUUUGCCCUUUUAUUUUUUUUUUUCUUUUUUGUAUCCCUUGGCCUCGUUGCCCAGAAAAUGAUCUAUGUAAGUGUUUGCAAGAUCUGUUCAUAUAUAAUAUGAUUAAUUUUCCUUUCA